UCCAACAAAAAUUAAAAAAAAAAGGUAAAAAAAAAAUUGAGCUUUGCUUGCAAGAGGUCAAAGCCAGAGCGCCGCGCUGUGCCGCCGCUGCGCCGCGCCGGCUUCGAUCGGAGCAGAGUUUCACCUGAUCGAUUGAUGGUAUCCGGGAUCCGCCUCUCUCUCUCUCCCCCCUCCGCGAGCAGGGCCAGUUCGUCUUGAUCAGGUUUUCAACAGGUGACACUAGAGGAUAUUUGCUCUUGGAAAAGCUUAAUUAUGUGUUAGUUCACCGGAAAGCUUUACUCUAAGUCUCUAACUGUCUGGUUGAGUUCGCAUAAGAUCGGUGAUUGCAUACUGUUAUUAUUUUUUCCCUAUCUAGUCUCUGAAGCACUAAAGAUCAAGACAUUAUAUCUCUGAUGGACAUGACCUUGGUGGCGAUAGUGUUCACAUGGUCAUUUCUUCUCCCUCUGGAAUAGAUUGUUCUGUAAGUAGUAGUGGAUUAUCUUUAUAUAGAUUGCUAAAAUGGAUGAGAGGAGGACAAUUUUGAUGGAUCGUUAUGAAAUAGGCAGGCAGUUAGGUCAGGGGAAUUUUGCCAAGGUAUAUUAUGCUCGGAAUCUCACCAGUGGACAGGCCGUUGCAAUAAAGAUGAUUGAUAAGGAGAAGGUCACAAGGGUUGGGCUAAUGGUGCAAAUAAAGAGAGAAAUUUCAAUAAUGAGAUUAGUAAGGCAUCCAAACAUUCUUCAGCUUUUUGAGGUGAUGGCAAGCAAGAGCAAGAUUUACUUUGUUUUAGAGUAUGCUAAAGGUGGUGAACUUUUUAAGAAAAUAUCCAAGGGGAAGUUUAGUGAAGAUGUUGCCAGGUGGUACUUCCAUCAGUUGAUCAGUGGUGUUGACUACUGCCACAGCCGAGGUGUUUAUCAUCGUGACUUGAAGCCAGAAAACCUACUUCUAGAUGAAAAUGAGAACCUAAAAGUCUCGGAUUUUGGUUUAAGUGCCCUUUCUGAGUCCAAGAGACAGGAUGGCCUCCUUCAUACCACCUGCGGAACUCCAGCUUAUGUUGCUCCUGAAGUUCUUAGUAGGAGAGGCUACGAUGGUGCGAAGGCUGAUAUAUGGUCUUGUGGAGUAAUUCUGUUUGUGCUGGUGGCUGGCUACCUUCCUUUCCAUGACACAAAUCUUAUAGAGAUGUAUAGAAAGAUUUCCAGAGCUGACUACAAAUGCCCACGUUCUUUUUCUGUUGAGUUGAAGGAUCUGCUAUAUAAGAUACUUGAUCCAGAUCCAAGUACUAGAAUUUCUAUCUCAAAGAUAAAAAGAAGCGCUUGGUACAGAAAAACCACUGAUGUAAAUGCAGUGAAGAGCAAACAUGAAACGGGAGAAAAGAUGUAUAAGGGUGAAGCCACAACCUCUGACUCAAAUCCAGCGUCAUCAAGAGACAGAGUGUAUAAUGGUGAAGCCACAACCUCUGACUCACCAGAAUGUAGUAAUUCCAAGGAAAACCAUGCUUCAUUAAGCCUCCCGAACUUGAAUGCAUUCGACAUUAUUUCACUUUCGACAGGAUUUGACUUAUCCAAUUUGUUUGAAGAAAGAUAUGGCCGGAGGGAAGAGAGAUUUACUACUAGGCAGCCAGCAGCAACUAUAUUUGCUAAGCUAAAUGAACUGGCCAGACGCUUGAAGCUCAAAAUUAAGAAGAAAGAAAAUGGUGUUUUGAGAUUGAUAGCACCAAAGGAAGGAAUAAAAGGAUUCCUUGAGCUUGACGCGGAGGUCUUUGAACUUGCUCCAUCUUUACAUUUAGUUGAAUUUAAAAAGUCCAAUGGGGAUACUAUAGAAUAUCAAAAGCUUAUGAAAGAAGAUAUAAGGCCUGCACUUAAGGAUAUAGUUUGGGCAUGGCAAGGUGAUCCGCACCAGCAACCUGAGCAAUCUAUGCAAUCAGAGCAGCAGCCGUCACCUUUGCCAUCACAGCAGCCACAGGAUUAAUUAAUCAGCUACAUUGCCCACAAAAGUCAGGACUGGCAGUAAACACAGUUUCUGCUUGUGAACCAUGUGGCCAGUUGCAAAUGCCACAAGUAAGUUUGCCAUGCAACUUCUUCAGCUGUGGAGAUUUUUCCAGCAGAGGCCAGAGUCAUGACCCCUUCCCAUACAUUGGAUGGUUGUUCAGGUUUACUCUGUUCUAGUUUCUCCAUUCGUACCAUUUGUCUUUAUUUUUCUUGUUCAAUGGCUCCUUUACAUUUCUUAUUUUGUCUGAUAUUGUAUAUUCCAUUUUUACUAUGGAUUCAAGUAAAUAUAAGCCAAUUUUGGAACAUGUGUGCACUACAGAGUUCUUUUCAGUGUAACCGAAAACGUUGACUACUCCAAAUGUAAAUCUUGGCAUUUAGCCAUUACCAUAUAUAACCAGCAGACCGUUGAUGACAAAGGCUUAGGGAUAGAUAAUUAUUGUAUCUAACCUUUUAUCAUCAGGACCUCUUCACGUACAAACAAGUAUCUUUGCAAAUUCUGGGUAACAAAUUUCGCUAGUUGAUGGCCUAUCCUAAUAGGAAAUAUGAUUCAAUGUCAUAGUUUAAUAGUUCACAUUUCCAACUCUUUAUUAUGAAUAUAUAUUGUUCAUAAUUUAGAAUCUCAGUGUUAUGUUCAUAUAUCC